AACGAAUAUAGAUAUUCGUUGGCUUAGUUGCAGACGCGGUGAAUCCGCAUGUGAACUGUGAAGCGUCAGUAUUUUCUUUUGGAGCACAAAUAAUAAAUACGAAUAGUAUAGUUCCAUAUGCUGCUUUUAUUUCGUUGUUUAUAAUCGUAUACAAUUAACUUUUAACCUAUUCAGGUUAGCGAAACAAGUGUAUACGAUUUGACACGCUUUUUCAACCAAGGCUAUCAGUUAUUAGGUGUAUAGUGACAUCAUUCAUUCAUGCAGGCCGCUAAAAUGUUGUGAAGUCGGCUCAUAACCUCUUUUGGCCUACCGCUACGCCAAGCAACGUAAAUAAAUAUUGAUCAAACUCCAAAAUUCAUCGUGGUAAAUUAGAACUAUUUUUCACGUGCAGCAAAGUGAUAUUUUGCAAUAGUUUUAAAUUUUAUAAAAUGUUGAUAUUAAUAUAAACUGUGACUCAAGAAAUUUGCUCCAAUUAGUAACAAUAAGAGUGCAGUACAAUCUCACACAUAUAAAGAAAAACCAGUGAGCAAUAAAAAGAAACCAAAAUGUUCAAAAAUACGUUUCAAAGUGGAUUCUUGUCAAUUUUGUAUAGUAUAGGCAGUAAACCACUGCAAAUCUGGGAUAAAAAAGUGAGAAAUGGGCACAUCAAGCGAAUAACAGACAAUGAUAUUCAAAGUUUGGUGUUGGAAAUUCUUGGCAGUAAUGUCAGCACAACAUACAUUACAUGUCCUGCAGAUCCUAGAAAAACUCUAGGAAUUAAAUUACCAUUUCUAGUCAUGAUUAUAAAAAAUCUAAAAAAAUAUUUCACCUUUGAAGUACAGAUCAUAGAUGAUAAGAAUGUGAGAAGACGUUUUCGAGCCAGUAACUACCAGUCAACUACUAGAGUGAAACCAUUCAUUUGCACGAUGCCUAUGAGAUUGGACGAUGGCUGGAACCAAAUACAAUUCAACUUGGCAGAUUUUACGCGACGGGCUUAUGGCACUAACUAUGUAGAGACUUUGAGAGUACAGAUUCAUGCCAAUUGCAGAAUUCGGAGAGUUUACUUUUCUGAUCGUCUGUACUCUGAAGAUGAACUACCUGCAGAGUUUAAACUAUUCCUGCCAAUUCAGAAUAAGGCCAAAUGUUGAUUUCGUACAGAAUAUUUCGGAUUCGUGUCUUAUGUUGCAUAUUGGAUUGACAAUUGAAAUUUGAAAGAAAAAGUGUAAACAGCACUAAAAGUAAAUUGAAAUAAAAUUGACAGACUUGUACACAGCUAUUUCUGUUGUUGAUGUCGUGAUUGGAUAUAUUUGUUAUUCUUAGUGCUUAUACAUAAUGUUCUAUUAAUUAUUAUUUAUAUUAAGGCAUAGAAAGAUGUAUGACAUGUGUGUAAACUAGUAUUUGAUAGUAUGUUUUUAAUACACUUGCUAUUUGAAGCUACAUGUGUCAGUAUAAAACGUAUGUAUAGACAGAAUAGAAAACCGCGAAUAGUAAUGAAACUACGAUUUUAGUGCGCGUGAGAUUUUCGUAUCAAUAAGUGCCUUGUUACUUGCACGUUUAUAGACACUGAAAAUCAGAAAAUACAUACAUCGACGUUUGCAUAAUUUUUUCACGAAAUCAAACGUAAAAAUAAAACUUGGUCACUCCAAAUUAACCAGA